CAGCUGACUAUCUAGUGCAUUGCAGUGCUUUGAGCCGCCAAAUCCAGAGACGGAUGCGCAAACGAUUCCUUGAACGCACCGGCUACAGCUUCGGCUAUGGCUUCGUGGAGUUCAUCAACCCUGACGACGCCGACAAGGCCAUCGCGUUGCUGGAUGGCCUGCGGGUGCAAAACAAACGGAUCAAGGUGUCGUACGCCAGGCCGCCCGGCCAGGACAUCAAGGACACCAACCUGUACAUCCAGAACCUGCCCAGGAACAUCGAGGAGUCCUUCCUAGACGAGCUGUUCUCGCCGUUCGGGAAGAUCGUGCAGCGUCGCCUGCUGCUGGACAAGUACACGCAGAUGCCGCGCGGCGUCGGCUUCGUCCGCUUCAGCCGGCGUGAGGAGGCGCAGCACGCCAUCCGCGAGCUGAACGGCCACGUGCCCGAGGGUGCCUCACAGCCUAUCAACGUCAAGGUGGCCGAGGACUACAGCAAGAGCAAGCAGAUGUACAUGCUGCAGUACAUGGGCUGCAUGGGAGACUACAGCGCCGGGUACGGCGACUACGGCGCCGCGUACAGCGACUACGGUGGCGGCUACGGCGACUACGACGGCUACGGCUGGUACGGCGGCGGGUACGCCGUGUCGGGAGCUGGCAACGCUGCGGCGGACGGCGCCGACUGGGAGGGCGCAGACCCCGCGCGCGCCGCCCCCAGGGGCCUCCCGCGUCGGGGAGGGCGCGGUUUCAGCAAGGCAAUGCCGUACAAGUCAAAUAACCGCUUCAACCCCAUGGGUUCCGGUCUAUGA